AUGCCUCCGACCCACACAAAAUCAGGAGGGACAUGCUGGACAUGUCGUCUCCGCCGAAAGAAAUGCGACGGAGCCCGCCCCGUAUGCGGCAGUUGCGCUGCUUUGGAGACUACCUGUCAUAAUGGCCUAGAGAAACCUGGUUGGAUGGAUGGCGCAGCUGAACAAAAGAUCAUACCGGAAACGAUGAAGCGACAAAUUAAGAAGAGAUCAGGGGUUCGACGAGAGACGCGAGGGACGACAUCAAAUACCUUUGUUGUUACACUUCAACAAGACUAUGAAACUGCGACUGAUACAACUGAUACGACGAAUUCAUCCGCGGCCAACUCCCAACCACAGGCUCCCAGCAUCCACUCACCCAUCCCAAGUAGCGUCGGGGCUUCAGCUUCAAGCACUGUCUCAGUCUUGGACCUGACCCAGGAGCACACCCUCGAGCCGUUUAACCCUUCUGAUCCAUCAUCAAGCAAAGGCUGGGAGCUAGACUAUGUCAUGAUUUACCUCGAUUAUGUCUUCCCUUUCCUCUUCCCCUUUUACCAACCACCGUUGGUAGGUACAGGUCGCGCGUGGCUUCUGACAUUCAUACGGCAAAACGAUGCCGUCUUCCACUCCAUCUUGAGCUUGAGCUCGUACUUUUUAACUAUUGGGCUCAAGAACGUCGUUCAGGGAAAGCACAGUUUCUGCAAAUGGACCGUCUGGGAACAAACGCUCCAGCAAGCCGACUUGUCAUUCGAGAUGAUCCAUAAGGAACUCGACGAGGUCAGUCAGCGAGUUACGCAGCAUGGACUCAUUGAAAAGGCUCGAUUGAUGGAGAGUAUUAUCCAGUUACUGAUAUUCGAGUCCUUCUUGAGCAAUUCGACAAAUUGGGACUUGCAUCUGAAGCCGGCGGUAACUCUGUUUCAAAAUAUCAUAGGGGAAUCUGCAGAGCAGAGCCUGCCAUUCGCUUUGCAUACCAUGGCGUGGCCAUCGAGAGUCACAGGUUUCAUUGAUCGACCGUUAUGGAACACCGACCAAGCGGCUUUUCGCUUCUUCAGCGCCGUGCUGAUCUACGUUGACAUCGUAGCGAGCACGUCGGUUGGCCGGGAGCCCUUGUUGAAGGACCAUCAUGCCCAUCUCGUGACAUCUGAUAAUGCGCAAGAUGUAUCUGUGGCCAUACAUGUUUCAUCUUUUGUGGGCUGCCAGAGCUGGGCCUUGCUCGCAGUAGGGAAAAUUGCAUCGCUCUCUGUGUGGAUGAAGGAGAUGAGAAGGGGCGGUCGGCUAUCCGUUGUUGAGCUGGUCGAGCGAGCAAAGCCCAUUUCAAAAAGCUUGGAAGAAGGACUUGCAGCUUCAUAUGCUAAUUCUUCGGCCCGCAUCUCUGGGGCCAUUACGCAGAUAUGGGCACACGCUGCACUGAUCUACCUCUCCACCACCAUCUCAGGGUGGCAGCCUGCCAGCGAUACGAUUCGACAAAAUGUCUCGGCCAUCUUGGAGCUUCUGAGCGAAGUCAAGUCUGGGGCACAACUACGAGCUUUAGCGUGGCCCAUCUGUGUGGCUGGCUGUCUUGCACUUGCCGACGAUGAACAAAAGUUUCGUGAGCUUCUCGCUGAUGUUGGCGACCAACAAGCGUUGAAUACGCUUCGUGAGGCUGGCGAGGUUAUGCAGGCUGUGUGGGAGAACCAGGAUAAGACGGGUCACAAGACGUGGGAUUUGGAGUAUUGUCUGCAAAUUUUAGGCCGGCCGGUCCUGCUAAUAUAA